CGUCAGUCGUCAUUGCUUACUGCUUACUAGCCUUUUCCAAUUCCACAUUUCUUGCCGGAGAUUGGUCGGAAAAACUCACAAUGUCCGAAAAGAGCAAGAUUCUCAUCAUCGGCGGCACUGGAUACAUCGGAAAAUUCAUCGUUGCUGCCAGCGCUAGGUCCGGUCACCCUACCUUCGCUCUCGUCAGAGAAUCCACCGUUUCGAAUCCUUCCAAGUCGGAAAUCAUUGAGAGUUUCAAGAGUUCCGGCGUGACUUUGGUACAUGGAGAUCUACACGAUCACGAGAGUUUGGUGAAGGCGAUUAAGCAAGUGGAUGUGGUCAUCUCGACCGUUGGUCGCGCACAGUUCUCGGAUCAAGUCAAGAUCAUUGCUGCCAUCAAAGAAGCUGGAAAUAUCAAGAGAUUCUUCCCAUCAGAGUUUGGAAAUGAUGUGGACCGUAUCCAUGCUGUUGGCCCUGCAAAAACAGCAUUUGGGAUAAAAGCUCAGAUCCGCCGCGCUAUUGAGGCUGAAGGGAUUCCCUACACCUACGUGUCCUCCAACUUCUUUGCUGGCUUUUUCCUUCCUAGAUUAUCACAGCUUGAAGCCACCGCUGCCUUUUUCGUUUCUAGAUUAUCACAGCCUGGAGCCACUGGUCCCCCCAGGGAUAAAAUUAUUAUCCCAGGAGAUGGUAAUCCAAAAGCUGUCUUUAACAAGGAGGAUGACAUUGGCACCUAUACUAUUAAAGCUGUGGAUGAUCCUAGAACCUUGAACAAAAACCUUUACAUCAGGCCUCCUCCGAACACCUACUCAUACAACGAAAUUGUCUCCUUGUGGGAGAAGAAGAUUGGAAAAACCCUUGAGAAGAUAUACGUUCCAGAGGAGCAAGUUCUGAAGAACAUCCAAGAAGCCUCUGCUCCACUCAAUGCAAUAUUAUCAAUCGAUCACUCUGUUUUCAUUAAGGGAGACCAAACCAACUUUGAGAUCGAGCCAUCAUUUGGGGUGGAGGCUUCAGAGCUAUAUCCCGAUGUCAAAUACACAACUGUGGAUGAGUUGCUCAACCAGCUUGUGUGAGAGGUAGACUUUGGUCCUGGUAGUUUUCACUGUCAUGCUGUACUAUCUAAACAAGCAAACAUGUGCAGCUGUCUUAAUAUAUGUUGUGUGGAAAAUAGUGGGUUAUUUCCUUGUCUAUGCUAUUGGGCAUAUUCUGUAAUAGGACAAUGUGCCUUUCUAAUCUUAUGCAAGUAGAAGUUUCUGGAGUUAGAUUUUC